AUGGUUUUCCCCAAGUACACAGAGCAUCCAACGCCUGCUACAAUCCAGCCUGAGGAAAAGGGCCCAAACAAGAGAAAAGGGAAAAAGACAGACAGCAGUGCCCCAAAGAGGAGCAAGAAGAAUGACACUCGAAGAAAAGAUGGAUCGCCGGACGACUGUGCGGGAGCAAAUAAUGAACGAAGCCCCCUUCCUGAGCCCCCUCGCAUUUCUCUAAGAGACCUGAUGGAGGCUGAGACAAAGUUAGUGUUCAGUGACGAACAGGACAUUACCCACAAGUCCCUGGCCUCCACCGCCACACAAUUAAUGUGUCAAGCGGCUGAAAUAGGAGGGCCUCCGAGUGGACCUAAUCUCAGCUUUCUGCCUCAAAUUGACAAAUGGCUCGAUGUAGCUUUACAGGACGCCAACUCGUACUACCAACAGAAGAAAUAUGCCACUGCAGCCAGCCGUUUCACUGCUGCACUAGAGGGGCUCCUGGAGGCAGCGCUUUCUUUGGAGAAGAAUUUCUCAGUCAUGUUCACUCCCUGGUCUGGAAAACCAUCCUCAAACAUCAUAGAGAAAAUGGAGGAGGCCUUCCGGAAGCUUCAUCCAGCCUUCACAGACUACAUCUUUACUGACCCGCGUGGAGGUCAUUUGUUGCCACAGACAACAGACUGGAGUCAACCUUCAUCCACACAGAGUUACUUCCUCACGCUUGGCUUCAGAAGGAGAAAUGAUGGAGACUUCCUACAUAAACUUCUCCACAGGAGGUGUCCCACAUUCACAGGGCAAAGUUCUCCAUUCACGCCUCCCAGCUAUAGAGACCUAGAAAUGAUGUUUGAGAUGCAAGGAAAGAAGAUCCUGCCAGUUCUAGAUUUCAUUAAGUGCACCAAGCUAAGUGUGGGAUUUUCCCAAGGAUCUGGACUCAUAGAGCGACUGCAGUAUGCUAGUGUCCUAGGACAGUUGAAUAGGUUCAGAGAACAUAUGCAUGUACUGCAGUACACACUGGCUGAGCUGGCGGUCGCACCCUACCUUCAGGACAUCAGUCCUUCUGACACAGAACUGCUGCUGGCUCUAAUGGCAGACACCAUGGACACCCUUGAAGGCAAGCGGCCUGAUCAGGAACGUGUGUGGAAUGCAAUGCAAAAGGUGGAGGCAGUGAAGGAGAUGCUUUAUCAGCUAGAGGAGACCUACCUGAAGAAGAAGGCACUGAGAGCCACCAGACAGCAAAAGGCUAAAGAGAAGAAAGCCCUGAAAAAGCUGACCCUCAGGAGUCCCUCCACACCACCCCAGGGCCAACUGAAUGCAGGACCCUCAGCCCAGUCAUCCAAUAAGUGAGCCCCUUCCGCCACCCCACAAACACUUAUCUUCUGCCAAGAAGUAGGACACAUCACAGAGCCAUUACUCCACCCUCAGAGAAAUAAAUGGGCUUUGCGGGCGAACCAUCAUUCAGAUCUGUCUUUUCUCAAAUCAUCCCACAUUCAUUUUACGACUCCCUCCUCCACACAAGAAAACCCCUUCCUCACAUGAAUGUACCUGGGCACCUAUUGGGUUGAUUUCUUGCAACAUGAAUAAAAUAGCACCUAUUUUUAAAGCAAAUAUAGGGCUGAAAAGGGACCGUUUCCCUUAAGUAACUGUAUUGGAA